UAAUCACUUCACAAAUUAUAUAGCUUCACCACAAUAAAUUAUAUGGACAUGUUUAAGGACAAUGAGUUUGCCGGUGAGCUUACAACUUUCUUUCUUGUUAAUAGCUAAAUAAUAUGGCCGUGGACGCCUUAAUUUAGAAUUAAUAGAGGUUGCAGAUAAGAUUUAGGAAUGAGCAUCUUGAUAAAUCUUAGGGAAAAUCAAAACUUGAAAUUGGAUAAUACUAUAAUCCUUUGUCAUGAAUGGAGAUUGCCACAAAUCUUUGUUUAUGUCAAAAUACGUACCAUAACUAUGCCCAUUCCUUGGUUUUAAAGCCCUUAAUUUUGGUUUUUCCCUUGAAAACAAAGUUUGCUUACAUAGUUCUGGUUUUACCAAGCCCUUAGGUUUGGUUUUUUCCUUGAAAACAAAGUUUGAUUAACUAUUUAAGGAAUAUGAAGUUCCUGUAUCUAUUCCCUUUUGGGUACUCCAUCUCUUUCUCCGGGCUGAGCAUUUGCACAACACGCUUGGCUUCGUAAAGUUUCCAAAGUAAUUAGCAGGUGAUUUGUGUAUAUAAUUUGGUUGUUUUCUUCGAAAAAGGAGGUAAGAAGCAGAAAUUAAUGGGCAAAUCUAUUCUCAGCCGGAACAGGAAAGCAAUGGAGAAAGACAUUAUGAAGGAGUCCUCGGAGUCGAUGAACACUCCGAAACAUGUACUCAUCGUGAUGGAUGGCAUGAAAGAGUUCACAACAGAGCCGCUUGAAUGGGUGCUCGAGAAUAUUGUAAUCAACGCCGGUUCUACUGUCACUCUUCUUGGUGUCAUGCCAUGGCUUAACAUUCCCCUCUCUUCCAAGACAUGGCUGGAUGUUUGGCCGGUGGGAUUAGAAGAAUUAUCAUUUUUCAAAGAGAAAAAUGAGUCGAGGAGUGACAUCAAAUAUCUAAAGCUUCAGAAAGUCGUAAACCUUUGCAGCAAAUAUGGGGUUUUUCCACAGAAGAAAGUUAUAAUGGGUUAUCCCUCACGCUCGCUGGUUGUUGAGCAAAUUGCAACCCUUCAUGCGACAUGGGUGGUUUUCGACAGGCACCAGAAAAAUGACAGAAAAUUUUACGCUGGAAAACUUCCAUGUAAUAUGGUAAUGAUGAAUGAAGAUGGGGAGGUUGACAUGAUUAGAGGCCGGUCGAUGAUAGAAACUAUGGACAGUGCUCCUACUCUGCACAUCCCGAUAUCCGACCACUUAAAGGGAAUUCUUAAGAAACAAGCACAAGAUCAAGACCCUGAGGAAAUGGAUCAAGAUGGGAAGGACCUGAAAUGAUCACCUAGGCAGGCAGAAACUAAUAGAGGAUAGAGAUGCAAUAACUAAUAACUUGGCCAUGGUUUUUUUUUUAUUUACUUUGUAUCCACUUGAGAGUCAAGCCAUCAAAUUAAUCACCUUUUGUUUGGAAAAUGUACUUUGCCAAUAUAUUUUUCUGGUGGAAUAAGAAUUUGCUAUAUAUA